GAUGGUCUCCCCAGAAAGAAGAAGCGUGAAAAGAGAAUCAAGGAUCCCAAUGCACCAAAGGGUCCUGCCUCCGCGUACAUCCUAUUCCAGAAUGACAUUCGCUCCGCGUACAAGAAGGAACAUCCAGACAUGUCUAACAAGGAGCUGCUAAGACUCAUCGGUGACCAGUGGAAGACGUUAGCCGAAGAAAAGAAAAAUUUCUACCGUGAUCAACACGGCAGGGCUAAGAAGAAGCACGAAGUUGACCUUGCUGCAUAUAACGCCCAAAAUCCCGACCACGUUCCUGCAGAGGUCAAGGACAGCGGGAAGAAGAAGAAGAAAGAAGAGGCAUCAGAACCUCCCGCAACGAAGGAGAUUGCGAAGGCUGCCCCCAAGACCACCAAGAAGGCUGCCGCUCCUGUACGCUCUUUUGUAUCAAUUCUGACCUCCGCUGACCUUAUUGAUCAGAAGGCUGGCAAGGUGGUCCCGAAAUCUAAAGAGGUUGUUGAAAGCUCAGGUUCGGAGGCAGAGGAUGCUUCGGAAGUAGAAGCCUCAGAUGCAGAGUCGUCAGACGAUGAACCGGCCCCGACAGCCAAAGCUAAGGCGACCACAGAUGAAGAUUCUGACUCCGUAUCUGAAGCCGAUACUGAUUCUUCCGAGGAAGAAGCUCCUCCUCCGCCUCCUCCAAAGAAGUCCAGAAAGUGA